AUGGCUUCACAACAGUUCCUUACCGACGAAGAAAUUAAGAAGUUUAUUGACGACCUCGAUCACGACAAAGAUGGCAAUGUCGACUACUGGGAAUUAGAACGCAAGCUGGACCAAGUACAUAAAGAGAUAGCACCCAAAGCGCAGCCACACAACCUACACCAUGGAUCUCGGGGCGACGAAGCUCGACAUGAGUUUCUCAGAAAUGUCAUUGGAACGCGGGAGGACCACAUCAACCGAGAAACCUUUGCAAAAACAGUGAAGGCGUGGGAGAUACCAUCCUUGGAGCAAGAUCGGAAGGAAGCAAAAGAUGAAGACGACUAUCUGAAGCAGGUGUCCCUGUACCGACGAGCGCGAGCGUAUUGGGCCGUUAAAGGGCCUGAGAUCAUGUUUCUCACACUGGUUUUACUUUUGAUGAUCGGCUUUGGCGUCUGGCAAUUUGUCAAAUACCUGACCUUUGACCAGUAUACGCCUGCGUUCGGAUGGGGAGCAGUCUUGUCCAAGACGUGCGCUGGCGUGCUCUAUCCGACCUUCUUCUUCCUCAUUCUGUCCAUGUCAAGAUGGCUCUCGACAUUUCUUCGGCGCUUCUACUUCAUCUCGCGGUUCAUCAACUGGGAUUUGUCCCAGAGUUUUCAUAUCAAGAUGUCUAUUGUCGCAUUGGUCUUUGCUACUCUUCAUGCUAUUGGCCACCUCAGCGGCUCUUUUGUCUUUGGCAGUAUGGCUAGUCGACAGGGUGCAGUUGCCAAUGUCAUUGGACAGGACGCAGUGCCGCGCUCAUAUACUGAUUACCUUCGGUCAUUACCUGGAUGGACGGGUCUCACAUCACUCGGCUUGUUCUAUCUCCUUGCACUCAUGAGCAUGCCUCAAAUACGAAAAUGGAGCUACGAAGUCUUCCAACUGGCCCAUCUACUCAUGUUCCCUAUCAUUGGCUUCAUGAUGGCGCAUGGAACUGCGCACCUGCUGCAAUGGCCGAUGUUCGGCUACUGGCUCGCCUUUCCAACGCUCAUGGUGCUGUUUGAACGCACAUGGCGCUUGGUCCUGAGCUUCCGUCCUAUCCUUGCGGAUCUCGAGCUGUUGGAUGAUGAGACUGUCGCAAUCACAGCGCAGGUACCCAAGACUCGUCCCUGGGACUACAAAGCUGGCCAGUACGUCUUUGUGCAGGUUCCGCAACUAUCCCGAUUCCAGUGGCAUCCCUUCACUGUUUCCACAUGCAUCAACAAUACCAUGCAGGUUCACAUCAAGGCUGAUGGCGACUGGACAAACUCGCUUCGUGAUCUAGCGAAGGAAGGAGGUCGAUCGACGAUCAAGAUCGGUCUUGACGGACCAUUUGGCGCACCUGCUCAGCGAUUCUACGACUUCGAAUACAGCAUGGUCUUUGGUGCUGGUAUUGGCAUAACGCCUUUCUCCGGUGUGCUUACGGACCUCCAGCAUCACGAGCUCGAGCGUGUCAAGUCUAGAGAUGACUCCCCAGAAUCAUCCGACGAAACCCCCAGGGAGCCUUCACCGUAUUCGAACCAUCGCCGAGUCGACUUACAUUGGAUGGUGCGCGACAAAAACAAUCUCCUGUGGUUCUCUGAUCUACUGAAUGAGGUCUUUCGCCACAGGACGGACAGCCCGGAUCUCGACAUCCGUAUCAACACCUACGUGACCCAGAAACGCAAACAAAUAUCACAACACGUCUUCCGUUGGCUACUCGAGAAGCAUCGAACAGAUGAUCAUCCACAGUCACCCAUUACUGGUCUUGUCAAUCCGACACAUUUCGGACGUCCGGAUAUUCGUGGUAUCAUGGAGGCACAUUACGACGAUAUGAGCAAAGUUUUAGCCGAUCGACUGAAUGAGAAAGACGGCAACAAAGACGAUGAGAUCAAAAUCGGUGUCUUCUUCUGCGGACCGCCUGUCAUCGGUCAACAGAUUGCCGAUCAGUGUAGCGUGUUGACUGCAAGGGCAAGGAACGAGGAUAGAAAGCUUGAGUACCGGUUUAUGAUUGAGGUGUUUGGUUAG